AUGAACCGAGCACAUCAACAGCCUACGCAGAUCCAAGUGCAAUACGAUGCUCAUCCACAGAGAGCACAGCAGGCACCAUAUAGAACACCCUUCCUCCCAGAAUCCAUUGAUCCAUCAUUGCCAAUUUCCGCCCAACUUGAAAUAUAUCGAGAAUUGGCAAAACAUUCUGAUCUGGCAACUCAGCUGAACUAUGCAAAGUAUCUCAUAUAUGUCGCUGAAGAUCCAUUAUACGCUGACCCAAAUCCAAAGAUUGCGAGAAAGACUCAGGAUGCAUUGUAUCAAGAAUCUCUAAAAUGGAUUAAACGACUCGCAAAUGCUGGCAAGGCAUCAUCCCCAGAGUCCCAAUUCUUCCUCGCAGAAUGCUACGGCAACGGCUCCCUCUCCCUGCCUGUAGACCACGAAAAAGCAUUCAACCUAUAUGUAGCAGCCUCAAAACAAAACCACCCAUCAGCUACAUAUCGUACUGCCGUUUGUCACGAAGUUGGUGCUGGCACCAAACGUGAUCCAGCUCGAUCUGUACAGUUUUAUAGAAAGGCUGCUACUUUGGGAGACACUGCUGCCAUGUAUAAAUUGGGUAUGAUACUACUGGGUGGAUUGCUGGGAGAGAAGAAGACUCCUCGUGAAGGUGUUACUUGGCUAAAGAGGGCUGCUAGUCAAGCUGAUGAGACGACACCUCAUGCGUUACACGAGUUGGCGGCGCUGUAUGAAGGGAGGGUUGAAGAGACUGGUGGGAAUAUUAUUCCGGAUCCAUCAUACGCCCACGACUUGUAUUUGAAGGCAGCUCAACUAGGCUAUGCACCAUCCCAAUAUAAACUCGGAAUCUGUUAUGAAUACGGCAUGCUCGGUGUCGCAGUAGACCCACGACGCUCCAUAGCAUGGUAUACACGAGCAGCCGAACAAGGAGAACCAGAAGCAGAACUCGCUCUAUCAGGCUGGUACUUGACUGGAGCAGACGCUGUACUAGGCCAAUCAGAUCAAGAAGCCUACCUCUGGGCCCGUAAAGCAGCUGAUAAAGGACUAGCAAAAGCUGAAUAUGCGGUUGGAUAUUAUACAGAGAAUGGCGUUGGAGUUGUACCUGAUUUUGAGGAGUCUCGACGAUGGUAUUUGCGGGCGGCAGGACAGGGGAAUAAAAGGGCUGUACAGAGGUUGAAAGAGUUUAAGGCUUAUGCAUCUGGAAUGAUGCCGACUUCCAUGUCACAGCAGCCGUCUCAGUCGUCUCAGUCAAGAGGUCAGAUGGCAUCUAAUAAUUUUCGACGAGAUGCUGUUUUAAGUGAAGAGAGAAAGGAUCAACGUGGUGAUUGUAACAUUAUGUAG